AUGCCCCAAGUCUACACAACUGACCACUCAGCCUCCGUCCUCGCCACCCACAGCUGGCGCACCGUCGCCAAUUCCGCACCCCACCUCCUCCCCCAUCUCAAACCACACCAGCAAAUCCUCGACGUAGGCUGCGGCCCCGGCAGCAUAACCAUCGACCUGGCAAAACACGUACCAACCGGACACGUCACAGGCAUCGAGUACGUGUCCUAUCCGCUCGCCGGGGCGCGCGAGCUCGCGGCGGCCGCAGGCGUGUCAAACGUCAGCUUCCAAGUAGGCGAUAUUCACGCCCUUCCAUUCGCAGAUGGCACAUUCGACAUCGUGCAUGCGCACCAGGUCCUGCAACACAUCGCGGAUCCGGUGCAGGGGCUCCGGGAAAUGCGGCGCGUCGUCAAGGUCGGCGGCAUCGUGUCGUGCCGCGAGAGUGCCGCGCUGAGCUGGUACCCCGAGAACGAGGGGAUUGCGCUGUGGAAGCGGGUGACGGACGCCAUGGGUGCGGCGAAGGGCGGGAAUCCGCAUCCGGGGCGGAUGAUUCAUGUUUGGGCCGAGAGGGCCGGGUUUGCGAGGGCGGAUAUGAGGAAAAGUGCGGGGACGUGGUGCUUUAGUAGUCCUGAGGAGCGGGCGUAUUGGGGUGGGUCGAUGGGGGAGAGGGCGAAGUCGAGUGGGUUUGCGAAGACGGCGGUUGAGGAGGGGUUUGCGGGGCUGGAGGAGUUAAAUCGGGUUGCGGAGGGGUGGCGGGAGUUUGUGGAGGAUGAGGAUGGGUGGUUUGCUUUGUUGCAUGGACAAAUGCUUUGCUGGAAAUGA